ACCAGAUAACAUGACCCCAUCCUGGAUUGGACAUGACGCAGAGUUCACACAGUCCUUUGGUACAUUUCACUACAAUGUACAUUUCGUUAUGUAGAGUAUACAUACUAAUAAUGGCUAUGUCUUGGAUUCCGAAGAUUAAGAAUGAGUGCAGUGUUUCACGUGACUACGCAAACCCUACAUACCACUAAGAAGGGAGGUAGAAGUCGCCUCCCCAGUGCUUCAUUAAGCAGGUAGGGAACCAACCAAGCCUAACGUCGAGACUCUCCUGUCCAGACCAAUAUGUAAACUAGUCAACAAUAUCAUGUCAGAACACCAGUCAACAAAGUCAUGUCAGAACACAAUUCAACUAAGUCAUAUCAGAACACCAGUCAACAAAGUCAUGUCAGAACACCAGCCAACAAAGUCAUGUCAGAACACCAGCCAACAAAGUCAUGUCAGAACACCAGUCAACAAAGUCAUGUCAGAACACCAGUCAACAAAGUCAUGUCAGAACACUAUUCAACUAAGUCAUGUCAGAACACCAGUCAACAAAGUCAUGUCAGAACACCAGUCAACAAAGUCAUAUCAGAACACCAGUCAACAAAGUCAUAUCAGAACACCAGUCAACUAAGUCAUAUCAGAACACCAGUCAACAAAGUCAUAUCAGAACACCAGUCAACUAAGUCAUGUCAGAACACUAUUCAACAAAGUCAUGUCAGAACACCAGUCAACAAAGCCAUGUCAGAACACCAGUCAACAAAGUCAUGUCAGAACACCAGUCAACAAAGUCAUGUCAGAACACCAAUCAACAAAGUCAUGUCAGAACACCAGCCAACAAAGUCAUGUCAGAACACCAGUCAACAAAGUCAUGUCAGAACACCAGCCAACAAAGUCAUGUCAGAACACCAGUCAACAAAGUCAUGUCAGAACACCAGUCAACAAAGUCAUGUCAGAACACCAGCCAACAAAGUCAUGUCAGAACACCAGUCAACAAAGUCAUGUCAGAACACCAGCCAACAAAGUCAUGUCAGAAAAAACAAUACCAGGAAAAGUUGUCCUCUAAACAAUUGCUUCUUACCCCGCGGUGUUGAAUCAAAACGUAAGUCACGUAAGACAACUGACAACAACAAAUGUGCAGACAUUAAAACAAAACAAAAAGCUGAAGGUCGGCAAAGUGAACACAAUAUUCUGUUACCUAAUGAGAUGGAUUGAUGUGGACAUAAAUCUACGAUCAUCUUGAAAGAUGAGUUUUAAA